AUGCGCGUUCUGCUGCGCGCUAUCGGGCUGGGGGGGCAAUGCGUCUCUUCUGACACCUCUGGCCCAUCUGAGGGGGGUGACCCUGCUGCUGACGACACAGCGGCCACUUGCCGCUCACCGCGCUUGGAGACCCCUUUUGGUUUUCCGCCUCGGUCGUCUUCGCCGCCUCUGCUGCCUGUUGCUGCAGGCUCCGGUGCUGCUGGGGGUGGUGACACUGGAGGUGCUGACUCUGAGGGUGCUGGUUCUGGGGGUGCUGACUCUGGGGGUGCUUGUUCUGGGGGUGCGGAGCGUCUUAGUGGUGGUGGAGUCGUGGGUACUUCUGCUGGAGGUUCUGGGAGUGGACCGUCGCAGGAGUCUUGUCGGCGGGAGGCGCUCUCGCCGCAGCAGUUUCGCGAGUCGGUUGUUCGACGAGGCCACGCUCGUGGCGCAGCUAGAGGUAUUGGAGCUGGAGGUGCUGGUGGCGCUGGUGCUGGAGGUACUGGAGCUGGAGGUGCUGGUGCUGGAGGUGCUGGAGGCACUGGUAUUGGAGGUACUGGUGGUGGAGGUGCUGGAGUUGGAGGUGCUGGAGUUGGAGGUGCUGGAGACGCUGGUAUUGGAGGUACUGGUGCUAGAGGUGUUGGAGUUGGAGGUGCUGGAGAUGCUGGUACUGGAGGUAUUGGUGCUGGAUGUUAG